CGGCCGCCGAGGACCAAAGCUCUGGCGCGCGUUCUGUCAGCCCUGGCUGAGCCGUGACAUUGAGUACGUCCAGGGGAGGUCUCCGUGAAUGAGGUGAGAGAAGAAUGAGUCAGCAGAUCCGAGGCCUCUAGGACCCAGCAGGAACACGGCUGACAUAGGAAGUACAUUGCGCCCUGUGAAAUGUUGUGCAGACCUCUGCACCUACUGACAGUCUCCACUCUGUGCAGCGUCCGUCGGGCAGCGUUCACGAUGUCUUCAGCUCCAAUUCUGUUAGCAAGGUUGGUGGCCUCUGCGCACUCUGUGGCUGAUAAAGCCGGGAAAAUCGUCAGGAAUGUCAUGAGCGGCGGAGAUUUGGGCAUAGUCGAAAAGACUGGUGCCAACGACCUCCAGACAGCAGCGGAUUGCCUGGCACAGCAAAGUAUCUGCGCCUCUCUGGCAAGAAGGUUCCCACGGUUAACCAUCAUAGGAGAAGAGGAUUUGCCCUCUGCAGAAGUACCUGAGGAUCUGAUCGAGACAGGACAGUCAGAAGAAAUACUGAAGACCGUGUUUCCAUCACAGUAUAGCGACAUCAAAGAAGAAGAGCUGGUGGUGUGGGUGGACCCCCUGGAUGGCACUAAAGAAUAUACCGAAGGUCUCCUGGAUCAUGUGACUGUUCUGAUUGGGAUCGCCUACAAAGGGAAAGCGAUUGCCGGGGUGAUAAAUCAGCCGUACUAUAAUUACCAGGCCGGCGACAACACAGUCCUGGGAAGAACCAUAUGGGGCGUCCUGGGCGUUGGAGCAUUUGGGUUUGAGCUGAAGGAAGUCCCUGAAGGCCAGCACAUAGUCACCACUACCAGAUCCCACAGCAGCAAACUGGUGAAUGACUGCAUCACCGCCAUCAACCCCGAUAAAGUAGUGCGCGUGGGAGGUGCCGGAAAUAAGAUCAUUCAGCUGAUUGAAGGUCAGGCCUCCGCCUACGUCUUCGCCAGUCCUGGUUGCAAGAAGUGGGACACGUGCGCUCCUGAGGCGAUCCUGCAUGCAGUGGGGGGUAAACUCACCGAUAUUCACGGCAACACAUUCGACUACCACAAGGACGUGAAGCACAUGAACUCGGCCGGGGUUCUGGCAGCUCUGCGCAAUUACAGCUACUACGCCUCCCGAGUCCCAGAAUCUGUGAAACAAGCGCUGGUGCCCUAAACAUGAAACGCGUUGUGUACUGCGUCUUAGGUGAAAGGAGACACCCGGGGUUAUUGGUCUCCAACCUGUGGCUUUCCAGAUGUUGCAAAACUACAACUCCUAGCAUGCCCUGACUGGUUGGGAACCAUUGUCCUGGGGUGGAGAUUGAAGAGGAGUAGUCUGUAAGUUGUCGCUUUCAACUCUGGAGAGUCAGGAGAAGUUUUCAGCCAGUUUGGUAACGGCUGUGAAGGGUUAAUAUUUUUGUACGCAGUUUUAUGGAACUUUUUUCCCCCCCAAGGGACCAAUCAAUAAAAAUCUGAUAUGUA